CACAUUUUUACACGUAAAAAUGAUAAGAAUGAACUAGAACAAAACAUAAAUGAAAAAUACACGAACUACGCGUUUCGAAACUAACCGUGUAAUCUCUAAAGAAAGUUCUAGCCAAUUUUUAUGAAAAUGCAACAAUUCUGCAAACCUCGUUAAUUUGCUCAAGUAGAGGUAACUCGCGUAAAACAAACCUUGAGUUUUUAGCCUCCAUAGAAAUUCACUGUUUUCGCGCCUCAUUUAAGCACGUGUCAAUGCGGUCUUGCCGUCGACCAAUGAAACACAGCAUCAAACCCUUUGAAACCCCUGGCUCCCGGGAGAAUCGAAUAAACAACGGAUUAAACGAAAUCCAAAGAGUGAUCGAGGAAAAAAAAGGGAAAGUGGGCGAUUAGCAAAGAAAGCUAGAAAAAAAAAAACCUCAACUUCGAUAUCUUCAGCUCGGGCUCUCUCAAGACUUUCUCUUUCCGGCAGUUUGAUGAAGACUCCUAUUUCUCAGCGUUUUGCGAACUGUGCUAGAACUUCGCUGUUGUUGUUCAGUACCUAACGCAUUGUAAACUAAAUGUGCAAAUCGCAGGGUUCGCACGCGCCUUGAAAGUCCUUGAAAGUCCUUGAAUCUCAAAAUAAAAAUUCAAGGCCUUGAAAGUCCUUGAUAAUUGUAGUCAGUGCUGGAAAGUCCUUGAAAUUUGUAGCUAAUUUAAUCCAACUUAGAUUCUAGAGUGCCUUAUCUGAAAAUAUAUGCAACUGGCACAAACGUAGCAACACAUAAUAGUAAGAUACAAAUAACAAACGAUCGUAACGCCACUCCGCAUGUCGAUCAAUCGCCCAUAUCCAUUUGUCCUGUUCUUGGUUCUAUUAAUCACUCUGAUUGGUUGAAUGUCUCGAAUGUCAAGGGCCAAUCAAAUGUUUUGUACUAUUCCCUCUUUCUGAGAAAAGCCAUGUGCUUUGAGUGCUUUCCUUGUCUGGGUUAGUGUUGAUUGUUUGCGUUUUGUUUCACGAGUGAGAGAUUUAAAACAAUGGGCAAGUGUGUUUUCAGCAACUUGUGGCUUCAGAAAUCACUGUAUAAAGAUUGGCUUCGAGAAGUCAAGGGUGACAAGCACAAGGCACGAUGCAUCGUGUGUAUGAAGGAUGUUGACAUUUCGAGCAUGGGAGAGUCAGCGCUCACAAGUCACUUGAAAGGAAAAAAACAUCAAACACUGACAUCCCAGAAAAGGUCAUUAGCAAGCGUUCCAGAUUUUUUUGGCGUUUCUUCUCAACAACCAGCAACUACAAGUGACGAUGCCAAAGAAGUUUCAAAAUCCGCUUCGUCUGAAAGUGGCGAACACAACACGCUCAACCCCACAAAGUCUAGUACUACGAGUUCAUCUGGUUCAUCGGUGAUGGAAAGAAUUGUCACUCGUGAUGAGACUUUGAAAGCAGAAAUUUUGUGGGCAUUGAAGGUGAUAAUGUCUCAUUACUCCUAUAAAUCAUGCGAAGGUACGAGCAAAUUGUUUCAAGCGAUGUUUCCUGACAGUCGGAUCGCGAGUCAGUUUACAUGCGGAGAAAAGAAAUGUGCAUACUUGAUCUGUUUUGGGCUCGCUCCACACUUCAAACAACUUUUGAAGGACGUUGUGAAAAAAGAAGAAGCUUAUGUACUUAUGUUUGACGAGAGCCUGAAUAGCGUGUGCCAGUCAAAGCAAAUGGAUAUUCACAUUCGUUCAUGGAAUCAUGACAAACACGAAGUUGAAAGUCGCUAUUAUACCUCAGUGUUUAUGGGGCAUGGAACAGCAGAGGACAUGCUUUCUCAUUUUCGUUCAGGCAUAGAAGGAAUUCCUCUCAAAAAAGUUUAUCAGUUGUCAAUGGAUGGACCCAACGUUAAUUGGAAAUUUUACAGUAUGCUGACUGAUGAGGCAAAAAGGGAGCAUAAUAGUCACAUGCUGAACAUUGGCAGCUGUGGUUUACACAUUCUUCAUGGAGCAUUCAAGGAUGGUGCUGUGGCAUCAGGAUGGCAGUUAGACAGGUUGUUCUCUAGCCUUCACUGGCUUUUUCAGGACAGUCCGGCAAGGAGAGAGGACUACACCAAAGUAACAGGAAACUCACUGUUUGCUUUGAAGUUCUGCAAACAUAGGUGGUUGGAGAAUGUCUUGGUUGCAGAACGUACACAGAGUAUGUGGGACAGUGUUGUCAAGUAUGUUCAGAGUGCAAGGGCAGGAAAAGUUCCACAGCCACAGAAUAAAUCCUUUGAAACUGUACAAGAGUUUGUUGCAGAUCCCUUUACGACUGCAAAAGUCGCUUUCUUCCUAUCAGUAGCCAAGCAAGUGACACCGUUUUUGACACUCUAUCAAACCGACAAGCCUAUGCUUCCUUUCCUGGCUACAGACCUGUACAGCAUGCUUGGGGGAUUAAUGAGAAGAUUUAUUAAGACCACUGUUAUCAGUGAAGCCAAAACCCCAUUGAAGCUUACAAAACUUGACCCUGCUGACUCCAGCAUUCAUGCCUCUCAUUCCAAGAUUGACCUGGGGUUUACAGCUGACAAGAAGAUCAAGGAGUCGAUUGCAAAGUCCACAGUUUCAGAGAAAAGAGUGCUUCAGUUUCAGAUGGAAUGCAAGGAGUUCCUUAUGAAAGUAGUUUGCAAACUGAUUGCCAAAGCACCAAUUCAGUAUUCCCUUGUAAGGAAUAUAAAUUGCUUAGAUCCAAGAAACAUGAUGAGUGACCAUGAUGUUUCCAUCACAAAAUUCAAGAGAGUUUUGACUACCCUUGAAAAUGCCAAGAAAGUCCCGGAAGGUGAAUGUGAUUCCCUUUUGGAACUAUUUAGACAAUUCAUUAUGGAAGUCCCCUCUUCUUCUCCGUCGGAGUUCAAAGACUAUGAUCCUAACAAUGAUAGACUUGAUUCCUUUCUGUAUCUUCACAUGGGACAGAAGCGAUCCUACCAAUCAUUGUGGAAAGUAGUCUCAGAGCUACUGAUAUUAUCACAUGGCCAGGCCAGUGUCGAAAGAGGAUUCUCAGUCAAUAAGCAACUGGAAGUCGAGAACCUCCAAGAGCGCUCCUUCAUUGCUCAAAGGCUGGUACAAGACCAUGUACAAUCUGUGGGAGGUGUCCUUGCUGUUUCAAUCAACAAACCACUUCUUUUGUCAGCUGCAGGAGCUAGGCAGAAGUAUUUAUCAUAUCUUGAUGAACAAAAGAGGAAGAAAACCUCUGAGGGUGUAGAACUGAAGCGAAAGGAGCUAGUCGAUGAACUUGACGAACUUAAAAAGAAAAGAAGGCGUUUAGACAGUGAUGUUGACAAUCUUGUUAAAUCGGCAGACGAGUUUGCACAGAAAGCAGAGGACACUGGGAAACUUGUGUGGAUUACAAAGUCAAAUAGUUUGAGGAGAACUGCAAAAGAAAAGGAGAUAGCUCGCAAAGACCUUGAGUGCAAAAUUGCGAAUGUUGUGGAUGAACUAAAAAAGGCAUAGACUUUUAGCUCGACUUAAGCUCGGCACAAUCGCUACUAUGAUAAGGUGAACAUUCUUUUAUUUUGCAGUUGGUGGAGUCCUUGAAAAAUAAAAAAUAUGUCCUUGAAAAGUCCUUGAAUUUUUAGUCCAAAAAAGGGUACGAACCCUGAAAUCGAGAUCCCGACGAAAGCCCGUGGAAAACGUCAACACUCUGCUGGAGGCCUUUCCGGUUAUUAUACCUUUGGCUCUUCGGUACAGGUUCCCCAAAAAUAUUUUUUAAGCCGUUUCUCGCAUUUUUUUUUUUUUUUUUAAGACUUUUCUUUUUUCCGUCCGGAAUAAGUCCUAACUGCUUUCUCGGACUAAAGAGCAAACUUUUGAAAAUUUUGACCAGAUUAUGUUGACAGUGACCUUAAUUGUAGGUUGACUUGUACUUUUUCUGAUGCACAAAUUUAUCACAUUGCAUUGUAAUGUAUGCAAUAAACUGCUAUUUACUAGUGCUCAUUGGUAUUCGGAUCAUUUACAAAUUUAAUCAUUAAGUUUUCUUCAUCUUCUCCUGUCUUUUAACUUAUAUAUUUCUUGUGACAAACAGUUUGUAAAGAUUGCUGUGUGCUUUUUGAAUCUGUACUACUUAGUUUUCGUUUGAAUUUGGAAGUUCUUGUUUUAUGUAGUAGCUGUUACGAAUUAAUUUGUAAAGUUGUCUAGUUAAUUUUAAAAUUAGAUAUUGAACAAAGCUAUGCAUGGUUAUAUUGAAAUAAACGAUGUUCUUAUCU